CGGUAAUCGUAAUUUGUUGUGUAGGUGUGGGCUGUCGGCAUAAGUUGUUUACUAUGAUAAACAUUCCACAUUAAUUAGUGGACUAGUAACGUCUGCUCCAAUUGCUGUACAGUAUUAAGCACAAAAAUGUCAUUUCGAAUAGUACGAAAUAGCCGUUUUCGACAUGUAUUUGCUCAACCAUCCAAGAGAGACAAUUGCUAUGACAAUAUAAAAAUUACUAAGAGUUCAUGGGAUUCUAAUUUUUGUGCUGUAAAUCCAAAAUUCUUAGCCAUAGUUAUUGAAGCUGCUGGAGGAGGUGCCUUCUUGGUUAUUCCUUUACAGAAGACUGGACGUAUAGAUGUGAAUUAUCCUCUAGUCACUGGUCACAAAGGAGCAGUCUUAGAUAUAGCAUGGUGUCCAUUUAAUGACAAUGUCAUAGCAAGUGCCAGUGAGGAUGGAAUUGUGCGUGUGUGGUGCAUACCUGAAGGGGGAUUGAGUCGAACAUUAACUGAGCCUGCAGUUGAAUUGUGUGGUCAUCAAAGAAGAGCAAGCAUUGUAUUAUGGCACCCAUCUGCAAAUAAUAUUCUUCUCAGUGCAGGUAUAUUUUAA